ACACUGCAGCAAUUUACAAUAGUGUGUUAUAUAUAGAAAUAGAUCAGUCAUUGUUUUCAAGCCUGCUAAAUAAAACUGAACUCUUGGAAUGGCAUGGCACUUGACCUUUCCUGGUUUCACCCGCAGUAUUUAAACUGGUGCAAAGGGAACACACUGGCAAGUGUCUUCUGUUGACAUGACAGAUUCUCCUGGUUCACACAAUGUUCAAAAGGCACAAGUCCCUUGCUUCAGAACGCAAGAGAGAAAUAUUUUCCCGAGGAGCUACACGGUCCAUCCUGAAGAAUGACUUGAGAAACUUCCACUGUUUGUCGCAUUUUGUGCUCUCAGCGGGCCCUCUAAAAUCAAUUCCAGUAGUUAAACAUUCAAAAACUACGCACUUUGAGAUUGAAGUACUUGAUGCUCAAACAAGAAAGCAGAUAUGUAUUGUGGAUAAGGUGAUACAAACAUCUACUAUUCAUGAUGUUAAACAAAAAUUCCACAAAGCAUGUCCGAAGUGGUACCCUUCUAGAGUUGGCCUGCAGCUAGAACGAGGUGGGCCCUUUUUGAAGGACUACAUAACCAUUCAAAGCAUUGCAACUUCCUCCAUUGUCACUCUCUAUUUUACAGACCUAGGUCAACAGGUCAGUUGGACUACAGUAUUUUUGGCUGAAUACACAGGACCUUUGCUGAUAUAUCUCCUCUUUUAUUUGAGGAUCCCAUACAUAUAUGACAUGAAAGAGAGCUCUAGAAGAUUGCGCCACCCAGUGGUACAUGUGGCUUGCUUCUGUCAUUGUAUACACUAUAUCCGCUAUCUUUUGGAAACCUUAUUUGUCCAUAAAGUUUCUGCAGGACAUACACCUUUGAAAAAUUUGAUAAAGGGCUGUGCCUUUUAUUGGGGAUUUACUUCUUGGAUUGCCUACUAUAUUAAUCACCCACAGUAUACACCACCAUCAUUUGGAAACCGGCAAGUCACAAUAUCUGCUAUCAAUUUUUUGAUUUGUGAAGCUGGAAAUCAUUUCAUCAAUGUAAUUUUGUCUCAUCCUAAUCACACAGGAGUUAAUGCCUGUUUUCCAAGUCCAAAUUAUAACCCCUUCACAUGGAUGUUUUUUCUGGUUUCAUGUCCUAACUACACCUAUGAGAUUGGAUCAUGGAUUAGUUUCACUGUCAUGACACAAACACUGCCAGCAGACCAUCUCAGUUUGGAAGGACUUACAUAUUUAUUUCACGUUAGAAGAUUGAUACCUCUGAUAUACCUCUACUGGAGUCUUUAUUUUUCUGUCUUGUUCUAUAACACUGAAGAGUAGAUCAUCCACCAAUUAUAAAAUUUAGCAAGUCCUGUUCUUAGGUCAAUCCAAUAAGCCUGAAGAAAAAAGAUCGGUUCUCUGCUUCAUUAGCAUGAGACAUCAUAACUCUGUGUUCAUUGUAUAUUAUUGAUUCAAGUACACAGGCCCAGAUUCUGCUCAAAUAAAUUCACUUGGUAGUUGAAGUGAAAAUAUCUGAUAGUUGAAAUUGACCUUAGAUGUUUAAUACCUUGGGUCCUCUGAGGGGGUCACCAACAUUCAUUACUUCCUAUUCAAACCAUUAUCCUGAUCAAUGCGGUAUUGUUCUUAUGAUUCACUUGCUGGAUGUUUCUUGAAACUGAAAUCAUAGCAUUUUCAAGCUAGAAGAGAUUUUACAAAUGAUAAAACCAAAGGUACAGGAAGGUUAACCAUCUUUUCUUCUAUUCACUCUUUUGAAACUGGAUCCUAUUUUAUUUUUAAUUUGAAUGUGAUAUAAGGAUAAUUAGAAAUAUGCCCUAUUAGCUCUCUUCUAGCCUAACCCAGACCUAUGUGCUAGAUGAGCAGGCUCCAAAGACUUGACGUCAUGGUUUAAAAAUACUUUGAAGGAGAAAGCCAUCUAAACAACAAAAUCAAUCAAGCAGCCAACAAAACCUUGUUGGGGCUUUUACAAAUGGCAUAUAGUAAAAAAGAAAAACAACAGUUGGUGCUCUGGUACAGACCUUUGAAAAGCUUGAUUACAUCACAACACUGACAACAAGUUUUUGUAGCUGUCCUGUAUCACAGGGUCACAUGUCAUUAUUAGAAACAUAAUGAAAAAGUCUGUCUUACAAUAUAUUCAUUCACCACAUAAUGUUAUUGAUUGAUUUUAGCAAAUGAUAUAUGUCUGCUGUCAUUUCUUUUAAAUAUUAUUCAAUACCUUUCUGCAUGUGAUAUGAAAAUUGUCUUUAAAUGUUAAUUUAAAGGCUUUAAAUCCAGAAACAGAAUAAUUUUGAGUUCAAGUUACCAAAAUCGAGUUGAAACAUAGAGAAAAAUUAAAAGUUAUAUUUUCAUUCAUAAAGUUAUAGCAAUCAUUUUUCUAUUACUGAUAAGUUUGACUCAUGGUUCCAUUUUUUAAUCUACUGAUAUCAAUCUGCAGACUUUUUUUUCCUAAAAGAAAAAAAAAUGGCAUGAGCAAUUGUGCAUAUGAUUUCAGAGGAUUUAAGGACGCUAAAAUAUGUCCAUGUAUCUCAGUGAACUUCAGAUUAAAAAUAUCUGCAUGAAUUAAAUUCAAAGAUGGAAGUAUCGUUAUUUACUUGGGAAGAAGGAUGACAUUCACUUUAAUGCCUAAAAUUUAAGUUCAGUGUAAUUGAACAAUCAACAGCUGUAGUUGACUGAUAGUGCUUUAAAUUUUUUAAUAAUGUCACGUCACAUGGAGGGAAAAAAAAACAAAUCCUCUUAACCAGUCACCAUUCAAAGUCAAAACAUAGGAACAUAAAUAUUCAGUAGUAUUUUAACUCUCAUGUAUAAUUAAGAAUGGAUUUUGUAACUUGAAAUGUAAUUCUCUCAGGGAAGUAUGUCAUAUUACUCAAGAUUCACAUUAGGAAUAUUUGUAGAUUAAUAUUUUUAUUGUUGAGUGGCAAAAAUAACAUAUGUGGAUUUAAGCCAAGUGAUGAUCUACUUUAAGCAGUUUGGUUAUGGUACAAGAAAGGAACAGCUGGUUGUCAGCAGUGUUUACUGUGACUUUAACAGACCACAGCAGCUACAGAAUGCAGUCUUAAUGAAGGAGAAGCUCUAAAGCCGCCCGUGGAAAGAAUUACAAAUGUUUCAGGAAUGCCACAGUAAUUUGUUUUCUUCUAUGGGUAACCAAAUAAAUCUGAGAUUUCAUUGCCUAAAAGAGGUGAAGUCCACAAGAUGUGAAUGUUAACAAAUUCUUCAGGC